UUCCUUCUAUCCUCAUCAGUUACAAAUAUUAUUGUGGGUUUCAGCUUUUUUUGCCGCCCGUUUUGGGUCUUUAUAUCGGAGGGGCCCGAUUUGCAAACCGGGCAUCCGAUAGGGCUUGGUGCACCUAUCUCGGGGCCUAAAUAGGAGCGUUCAUACAAAAGCAUUGGAAUAAUUGUGCUCAUGAGGGUGGACUCCUCAGCGCACGGCCAAGAACAACCGGGUGGGGGAUAGCGGGAACAAGACGCGAAGAACAAGACAAGUAACAAGCCGGCGAAUUGGAAAGCCCAACGGAGCAGACUAAUAAACGUGCUGUUAAGAGAGACGCUGCGUUGAUGGGCCGUGAAUCUCUCGAGAACAGAUCAUGAGCAGCCUACUGUCCCAGGAAGAAGACCGUGAACUCGCAUACGUGGUUGUCUACAAUGGAGAAGCAGGUAGGUGGACCGUGUUGACGUUGAUUCCUCUAAUGAAUGUUAAUGCAAUGUUGCUUGUUGUGUACUGUAUAGACUCAUGUAAGUGGAUACGAACUCACGGGCGUCCUAUUGCGUCCACGAAUGCAUUAAUAUGAACGGGAGUGUACAGAGUGACCACCGUGUUCCUCACACGCAACACGUGGUGGGCUCUGGCAUCUUGCCCAGUUGCUAUUUCUGGGGUACACUGAGGACAAACAACCGACAGCUACGUUCUCGCUAUAGAACUACGGCCACAAAACCCUAUAAAAGUCUAAUUUUCUUCAGCAUUUGCGUUGUUGGUACGUCGUGCCUCUCGCUCCUCCACUCUGUUACUAUGGAUAACACGCCCAUUGCAGCAUUUAACCAAGGUGUGGAGACAGCGGAUACAGCACCUUGGGCUGUCGAUGCCUUUCGUUCUCCUGGCGACGGACCUCCGCCACUACCGUCAAGGGGAGCUGCAAUCUUGAUCAUACGGGUUGGAGAACCUUUAGGGCGGGCACGUGCCGGAUGGCGAAGUAAUGUCGACUUUGGUAUUGGCGAAGGAUACGCGGUGUUUAAGGAAAAGUGCAUCGCAAGAUAUGAAGCUCUAAUAGCUGGACCAGAGGCACUAAAAAAGCCGCUUGCUCUACCUGAAGAUGUAUCAAGCAAACCAAGAACGAACCUCAAGCAAAGUACGUUGAGUUGACGACAGCAAAUUUUCUGUCUACGCUGCAAUACCGCUGGAAGCUGCUGACCGUUGACUACUUACGACAACUCGGUGAUUUUCGGUUUGAAGCUUUUCUGUAUGUUCAGCGAGCUGCUCAACCAGAGCAAUUUCACCGCGCCACAGCCCGUCGAAUUGAGCAGGCACGCUUGCAGCGAGUGGCUUACGAGACUGCAAAUUCUAUUCAGUUUGGGGAAAUUACAGCGCAGCACCUCGACGUCGUAAAUGCUAGGAGACCGGAGGCCUCUCCGUUUGAGGUUCCUGCUGAUAAUACCACAUAACAGACAAUCGGCAGCGCGAGUUGCUUCAUCUACAGGAGAAUGCUGCACAAGGCGUAGCUCAAACAGCUUUAGUUAAGGUAAGACUGGGUGGCAUGUGGGUGCCUACGGAGGUGGAUAUUUUGUCGCUUCGCCGAGCAAUAGGUUUACCGGAUCACGACGUUUUUUCACGGGGUAUAUACCACUAGUUUACGUCUGCACAACCGACUAACGGCGGGAUGGACGAUGAUGCCCACGCCGAAGACAAACCGAUGUGAUAGCUACAGAUGCAAACCACUUGCAAGCAGAAAACCACAGUACAUUCAACCGAUAUAUCGUUACGUCAUAGAACCACUUGUGCAUUAACUCA